CACUCCUUUAUUUUUCAUUUCUUUGUUACACGAGUUCAGUAUGAUGCGUUUGUUCUAUAAGAAACGUCUGAGCGUCGUUUUGAGGAAUUCAAUCUGGGCCAGUGAUCACGGAUGGGUACGUGACAGGCAGAAGUGAAGGGUUUAGCAGAGGCUUUAAUCCAAAUCGAUUUACAGUGCAUUCAAUGCAUUUUAUCAAUGUGUGUAUUCACUGGGAAUGAACCCCACAACCUUUGCGCCUGAUCGAUGAUCGCUAUAGCUGGUUAACACAAAAGGGUAGGGUAAAAUCAAUUAAACGUAUAAUCCACAAGACAAAAGACCGUAAACGCAACCCGUGGGCAGCCACAAGGGACGUUCAUGAUGAUAGAUAGAUAGAUAGAUAGAUAGAUAGAUAGAUAGAUAGAUAGAUAGAUAGAUAGAUAGAUAGAUAGAUAGAUAGAUAGAUAGAUAGAUAGAUAGAUAGAUAGAUAGAUAGAUAGAUAGAUAGAUAGAUAGAUAGAUAGAUAGUGCUCUGGUGCCGUAUUUAAAUCAGCUCGCCGUCGGCCAGUCAAAGUCCAGCGCGUGCGUCCGUGUUUCGUGACGCAGCCGAGCGCACAGUUGGACAUCAGACAGGAUCAAAGCGUCUGUUCUUGUGCCGUUAAACUCUUAGUAAAAGCUCGUGUAGUAUUUGUGCGUGAUUUUUUCUUUCGCUUCUGAUCGAUGACCGGUGACGGAAUGAUUUCAGCACCGCGGACAGCGACCGACAGAACAAAACUCCCAUACUGCCACGCGUCUUUUCAUAAUCUUCAGGAGCUGAGACACAGUGCGUCUUUAGCCAACAAAGUCUUCAUUCAGAGAGAUUACACAGACGGCACCGUCUGCAAGUUCCAGACCAAGUUUCCUUCUGAGUUAGACAGCAGGAUCGAAAGGACACUGUUUGAGGACACAGUAAAGACGCUGAAUAAUUACUAUGCUGAAGCGGAGAAGAUCGGAGGUCAGUCGUACCUCGAGGGCUGUCUCGCCUGCCUCACGGUUUACCUCAUCUUCCUGUGCAUCGAGACACGCUAUGAAAAGGUGCUGAAGAAGAUCUCACGGUACAUUCAGGAGCAGAACGAGAAGAUCUACGCACCCCGAGGUUUACUCAUCACAGACCCGAUAGAGAGAGGCAUGAGGGUUAUUGAAAUCAGUGUGUAUGAGGAUCGUGGAUCAAGCGGUUCCAGUUCUGGCAGCAGUACAACUAGCAGCAGUGGACGAUAAAUCAAACACACACUGUAAUGUUCACCAUUCCUCACUUGUACACGUCUGCCUUGACGCCCAUUGAAAAGAAACAAGCGCUCAACAUUGCCAAACCGAGAGUCCGACACACAUCGUUUGAGAACUGCCUCCUCGAGACACGUCACAUUUGUAUCCGGCACACCGUUACCUCAGACCUGCACUUCAUCUGAACAGAUGUUAUCCCAAUCUGCACGUGACCCUCCGGCACCUUCAGAACUCUGCAGCUGUUGCACAUGUUUAGUGUAGCCUUCUGGGUAAAGUUGACAUAAGCUUCCGUCCUCUGAUAUGCAAAAUCACCCCGCUGUGUGAUGUAGCUGCCGAUCGGCACACAAGAGUCUUCCAUUGCACUGUCUGUCAUGUUUGUUUAUUUUUUCAUUCGAGUGUUUGGAGAUGAGCGUUCUUGCGAUCAUUUUUAGACAGUGAAUAUAUUUGAGAUUUUAGUUUGGAUCAGCGGUCGGUACAGAUCAAGACAGAUACGUCAUAUUUUACACACUGCCGUCUGUAUGACUUUACACCUGUUUUAUAUUGUAAUGUGGAAAUCAUUAGCUUUGCACUCAUGACAUCACAGCAAAAAAGUGAUAAGAUCACUGCCAAGAGAACUUCCUUAAAUACAUUGACCUUCAUUGUGAGCUUCCAUUUCUUAUUAUGAACGUUUGGCCCCUAUUUAUGCAAAGAGAAAAUGAGUCUGAAUAACUACGAGUGCUUUUCUGUAGUGUAGCAAAGUGAAUAAAUGAACAGAAAUGUAUAAAAAUAUAGAG